UGCUUACCUUUAGUUCCACUUAGGCAUUGGUCCAGGUUAAACGCUUACUAGUCCCAUUGAAGAUGUCCGCUCACUGGCUAUCGGUCUUACUCCUGGCCUGCACAACCCAGUUGGGUGCUGGCCAAGAGGGUCUCGUAUUCGAAACUACGACAGCUCGCUCCCCCACACCAGCUCCAAUCGCGUCUGCCAGCAACUCCAACCUGGUGCUUGUCAACAAUGUACUAGUGCGUGGGGGGAUUACGCCCUUUGUAACCGCUCCGCCUCCGACGCAAGCUUUCCUGGACUGCUUCGGUCGCUGUCCCACGACGCCGGAGUACAGACCCAUUUGUGGCAGUAAUAUGCAGCUCUACCUCAAUGAGCAGAAGUUCAAUUGCGCUCGCUUCUGCGGGGCUGACAUUCAAAUAGUUCGACGCGGAAGUUGCGAAGGACUCUUUCCAAUGACGCGCGGUUGACACUUGGCCAUUCCCACAGCGGCAACGUACUCUGCAUUCUAAAAAAAACUGUUAAAAUAUACACUACAUACACUGUU